AUGUCUAACGGCGACUCAUCCCAAACUGGCGACCAGGCCAACCUCGACAUCACGGCCGUGAAACAGGCUCUGGCCUCCUCUUCGACCAAUGUUCGAAUCACCCAGCUACGCUCCAUCGAGGAAAAGCUUACCCAAAAAUCCCUCGACAACGCCUCAAUUGCACGCCUCACUCAACUGCUUUUCGGUACAUACGCUUUCUAUGCUGAUAGACAGUCCCGACUAUCCGUUCAGAAGUGUCUGGUUGCCUUGAUCUCAGCUGGCGUCGACUCCAAGACCAUUGCCCCGCUCAUCACCGCCCUGCGCAAGGAAAGCCAGAAACAUGGCAUUGCUCCUACCAACGCCUUUGUACUCGUCGAAUGGUGUAGCUUGUUCAUGCAACAUCUCGAUGCCUCAUUGUGGGACCAAUUUGCUUCUGAUAUUAUCUUGACAGACGCCGAUGCGUUGGACAAAUGCCACCAGCCCACCUCGAGGAAAUCUGUCGCCCACUCUGCUAUCAUUGUUACAAGGAGAGGCUUUCGAAAGCUUCUCUCGUCACCAGAAUCUAGCGAGAAGAGACUCUCCUCUUCCGUCGAUAUCCUAGCUACAAAGGGCGCCCAAUCCACCCCCAGAAAUGCUGUUCUUCUUGGAGUUAUCGCUGGUGUAUCUUCUAGGAAGGAUCACUUACGACCUAUUCUUGAUACCCUCAAACCCAAGUACUAUGACUUCUUUACGAGAGAGAUAAUUGGCUCCCGUGUCGCUGUUCCGGAGCAUGCAGUGCUAGGGCUUGGUGAUUUCUUUGCUUCAUUCGCAACUCCUGAAGAAUUCUCCAAGGAGCUGGUCCCUGCUCUCGAGAAAGGUCUUCUUCGUGCGCCCGAGGUUAUUCUCGGUGGUGUUGUCACGCCUCUUGUCCGGGCUCUACCUGACAGUUUUGAUCUUUCAAAGGUUCUUGAGCAAAAUCUUCUCAAACCAUUGUUGUCAAAUGCCAAGUCUACCAAUGCAGCGAUUCGUGCGGGUGCUUUGGAUGCUUUCCGUGCUUUAGUGCAAAGAUCGAAUGAUACCGCCUCGUUGGAGAAGGUCGUAAAUGAGAUCGCAAGCCCUCUCAAAGCAGGAAAGCUCGCAUCUCCAGAUCAUCGAAUUCUGCACGCACAGAUGCUUGAAUCCACCCCUCUUUCGACCUCAAGUGCCGAACAGAUUGCCACUGCGGCGGCCACUAUAUCUGCCAAGGAAGGUAACGAGGGCGCUUUAGCUUCAGAGACAUCAGCCCUGGCAAAUGCCGUAGCUUUUCUGCUGGCUCAAGACAGUGAGGUGCCCAAAUCUGUCCUGGAGUCAAUUACCAAGGGGCUUGCUGAAAAGAAGAUACCUUCUCGCAAGUGUUGGUUGCUCCGCGUGGGUUCCAUUCUACAAUCCCUUGCCGAAGCACAAUCAGUAUCCCCUGGUAUGGUUGCUUUUGUGGAGGCCGUUGUACCAAAGCUCGUCACAACCUUCACGGAAGUGACAGCUAAUGCCGCCUCUGCUGCCCAGAGCGGUCUUGUUGUUGGUGCCUACAUCUUGACAGCUGUGAGCCUGCACAUACAUCGACUACUUCCCGGUUCUACAGCAGAAUCUUGUUUAACGAAAGCAUCGGUAACAAAGCAAUCAUUGUCCCUGGAUCCCAAGUCAUCCUUCCUCCUCAGCCAUCGAAUCUACUCUAAAGUGACAGCCAACGAAGAUCUUGGAUGGUUUGCGCGUGCUUUGAGUUCUGUUUCCCAGAGCCUCGAACAGAAUGGGGACAAACAGGUGGCUCUUGCUUGGUCUGAAGCAUUCAUCCAUCUGAUCAUUGCCCACAGCGUGCCCGCUACGAUCCAGCAGGAAACAUCCAAACUGCUCUCUGAUCUCUAUGUCCAUAACCCGCGAUCGGUGUCCACCUGCAUCGUCAAUGGCCUGUGGGAUCAUCUCGAGCGUGUCGGAUCCAGCGAGAAUGAACAGUCAUCAAACGCGCAAAACUUGAUCCAGGUCGUAAAGUCCAUUUGUUUAACUCCCACUGACAUAGAAAAGUCUGGCCAGUCUGUUGCCAAGGAAGACCUUGAAUCUCAGGCAAACAGCCUUCUUGUUCUAGCACGACCAGAGCUGAUACCAAGAGCGAGCUGGAUUGAUUUGUGUCUUAGGAUGGAAUUGGAUCCUGGUAAUCUUGUAACAAAAUACCAAGACGAGCUUAUGAACGAGAUCGAAGUCAGAACAUCUUUUGAUCAGAAGAAUGAGGUCGUCAAGAAGGCCGCGUACAAUGCAGCCGCCGAUCUGGCUUUCGUUGCUCCUGAGACUGUUAUCCCACGCCUGCUGGAUACACUGCGCCGAGACCUCAAUGUGGAACAAUUACAAGACGUCGGUCCUGUCGAAGCCGCUAUCUAUAGAACCGCUGAGGGCACUGCGUUCAUUGACGUGCUCGCAAAGAAGUCUCAGCAAGUUCUGGAUAAGAAUAACAAGGACUACGAUAUUCUUAAAUGGGAGGAAGAGCUCAGGGGACAGCUUGAGAAGAAGAAAGGUCAACAAAAGAAGCUUACCCCUGAAGAGAACGCGAAAGUCAACGCCCAACUCAAGAAAGAAAGUCAAAUUAGACAGUCAAUAACUCAGACUGUGGCAAGGCUUUUGCGAGGCAUUGGUAUCAUCCGCAGCUUGGCCACUGGUCCGCCAACCGAUGCCACGCAAUGGCUCGGCACUGCAGUGUCCCUCCUAGUCGGUAUCAUGGACGCUGGUGCCACGCUGAUUACAGGCGACGCGGCACCUUUGGCUUAUAUCACUUGCGCCGAAAAGGUGACAGAGCGUCUGGGAUCGAUGAGGCCUUUCGUGGGAAUUGCAGCUCUAAGACUGCGUGACGUGUCUUUGUCGGAAAACUAUCAAGAGGAAGCUGUAGAGGAUUUGAUUACAAGAGUCCUCUACCGAUUGCGUUUUGCGGGCGAGCAGCGACCUUUCGAUUCUGUCUCGCUUAUUUAUGCCCUGCCGCUCGUAUUGGAUCUUCUACGCAAGGGCGGAGUUGGCAGUUCGGCAGACGACGCCGAUGCUCAAUUAGUUUUGGCUAUCGAGUUCCUUUCGUACCAUACAGAUGUUUGUGCAGAUGAGGCUGUACCCCGAGCGGAGCUUCUCUCGGUCCUCAUCAGUUCGAUGCAAGCAUAUGCUCAACAUUACAAGCUCCUCAAAGACUGUUUUGCUGAUAUGUGCCGCUGCAUCGCUCCGAACAUGGAUACCGAGGAGAUGAUGGUUUUGGCAAAGGGUACGUUGGUGCCCGAAACACGGGUCAGAUCUACGGUGUUGCAAUCGAUCAGUGCCGAAGUCGAUAUGAGCGAACUAGGUCAUUCCGACGAGAUAUGGAUUGCUGCUCACGACGACGAGGAAGAGAAUCAGGAUUUGGGUAGGGAAAUCUUGGAGGAAAGUGGCUUCGAAAUUACAGAGGCAGUGCCAUUGAGAUUGCUACCUUUUCUUGAGAGCAAGGAUGGCCAGCUGCGUCGCAGCACUGCUCGCGCCCUUGCUGAAGCAGUCAGUCUUCACCAGGGGACUUUGGAAGCUGUGCUCGAGCAACUUAAGUCUACGUAUGCCGAGCUAGCGAAACCCCGCGUUCAACAAUUAGAUGAAUUCGGGAUGCCAAAGAAGAUGGAUCUAUCUGAUCCUUGGGAGGGCCGGCAGGGUAUCGCAACGGCUUUCAAAGAGCUCGCUUCAGUUAUUGAUGCCAAUCAGCUGGAUCCAUUGUUUGGCUUCCUUAUUAGCGCCGGUCCUCUUGGUGAUAAGAACGGAGCCGUACGCAGUGAGAUGCUGGAUGCCUCAAUCAAGGCAAUCGAGAUCCACGGCAAGACUAUCCUUGACCAACUCAUGUCAAAGUUUGAGCAGACUUUGGAGCAGCCAGACACGAACAGCGAUGCAGCUGAUCGUGUAAACGAAGCUGUCAUCAUCAUGUAUGGUGCUUUAGCUCGUCACCUGAGCCCUGGUGACCCCAAGAUCCCUAUUGUCAUUGAUCGCCUAGUGGCAACUCUGAGUACGCCUUCUGAAACAGUGCAAUACGCUAUUGCCGAAUGCUUGCCUCCCCUCAUUCAAGCCUGCCCAGACCAAUCCUCCAAGUAUUUCGGUCAGAUCAUGGAGCAGCUUCUUAGCUCAAAGAAGUACGCCGUCCAGCGAGGUUCGGCGUAUGGUCUGGCUGGACUUGUUAUGGGUCGUGGCAUUGCAUCACUACGAGAAUACCGAAUUAUCUCAACUCUCACUGAUGCUAUGGAGAACAAGAAGGAGGCAAACCAACGUGAGGCUGCUUUGCUUGCGUACGAGCUUCUUUCCACUAUGCUCGGACGUGUCUUUGAGCCUUAUGUGAUCCAAAUCGUGCCUCAGUUGCUGACAGGCUUUGGUGAUGCCAAUGCCAAUGUGCGAGAUGCCUGUCUGGCGUCAGCCAAGGCAUGUUUUGCCAAACUGAGCUCUUACGGUGUCAAGAAGAUCAUGCCAACGCUUCUUUACGGUCUAGAGGAACAGCAAUGGAGAAGUAAGAAGGGUGCAUGUGACCUUCUCGGUGCUAUGGCAUAUCUAGACCCUCAACAGCUUGCCAACAGUUUGCCCGACAUCAUUCCUCCUCUCACCGGCGUGCUCAACGACAGUCACAAGGAAGUCAGAGCCGCAGCUAAUCGAAGCUUGAAGAGAUUUGGUGAAGUCAUCAACAACCCCGAGAUCAAGUCCCUGGUUGAUAUCAUUCUCAAGGCUCUCAGCGAUCCCACGAAGUACACAGACGAGGCUUUGGACUCACUCAUCAAGGUUCAAUUCGUCCAUUAUCUCGAUGCCCCCUCCCUGGCACUGGUCACUCGUAUUUUGCAACGCGGUUUGGCGGAUCGUUCCAAUACCAAGCGCAAGGCAGCGCAAGUCAUUGGCAGCUUGGCUCACUUGACGGAGAAGAAGGACGUUAUCAUGCACUUGCCUGUGCUUGUGGCUGGCCUCAAGGUCGCCGUUGUUGACCCGGUACCAACCACUCGAGCUACAGCCUCCAGGGCUCUCGGUUCUUUGGUGGAGAAACUUGGAGAAGACACGCUUCCCGAUCUUAUUCCCGGUCUCAUGCAGACCCUCAAGUCAGACACUGGUGCUGGCGACCGGUUGGGAUCUGCCCAGGCUCUCAGCGAGGUUCUUGCUGGACUGGGAACGACGAGACUGGAGGAGACCCUCCCAACCAUUCUCCAGAAUGUCGAGUCCUCCAAACCUGCAGUCCGCGAGGGCUUCAUGUCCCUUUUCAUCUUCCUUCCUGUAUGCUUCGGCAACAGCUUUUCCAACUACCUGGGCCGCAUUGUACCACCUAUUCUUGCUGGUCUGGCUGACGACAUUGAAUCUAUUCGUGAAACUGCACUACGAGCAGGCCGUUUGUUAGUAAAGAACUUCGCUGCUCGAGCUGUCGAUCUCCUGCUGCCAGAGCUCGAGCGCGGUCUCGCCGAUGACAGCUACAGAAUCAGACUCAGCUCUGUCGAACUCGUUGGAGAUCUUUUGUUCAACCUCACCGGUAUCAAGGCCGGUACCGAUGCUGAAGAUAUCGAAGACGACGAGAACAUUAAGGAGGCUGGUGCAUCUCUCAAGGAAACCCUCGGUGAAGAAAAGCGCAACAAGAUCCUAUCAGCCCUUUACGUAUGCCGAUGCGAUACAGCUGGCGCGGUUCGAUCAGCCGCUAUCGCUGUCUGGAAGGUCCUUGUUCACAGCCCCAGGACCCUCAAGGAGCUUGUGCCAACCCUCACCCAACUUCUCAUCCGACGUUUGGGAAGCUCCAACAUGGAGCACAAGGUCAUCGCCAGCAAUGCCCUCGGAGAGCUUAUCCGAAAAGCUGGAGAUGGUGUUCUAUCAAGUCUUCUUCCCACUUUGGAGGAAGGUCUGCAGACGUCUGUCGACGUCGAUGCCAAGCAGGGUAUCUGUCUCGCGUUGAGAGAACUUAUUUCUUCCGCUUCCCCUGAGGCUCUCGAAGACCACGAGAAGACCCUUAUUUCAGUCGUCCGUACAGCACUUACCGACUCGGAUGAAGAUGUUCGAGAAGCCGCAGCAGAGGCCUUCGAUUCGCUUCAACAAAUCUUUGGCAAGCGAGCAGUCGAUCAGGUUCUUCCCUUCCUUCUCAACCUCUUGCGUUCCGAGGGCGAAGCGGACAACGCUCUGCAAGCUCUUCUUACGCUGCUUACUGAAACAACCCGAUCAAACAUUAUCUUGCCGAACCUUAUACCAACACUCACGACUCCUCCCAUCUCGUCAUUCGAUGCCAAGGCUCUUGCCUCCUUAUCCAAGGUGGCUGGUCCUGCAAUGAACCGUCGUCUGCCGAAUAUUAUCAAUUCUCUUAUGGAUAACGAGAUCAAUUGCAAGGAGGAUGGCCUCCGCGAAGAGCUGGCCACGUCUUUCGACACUGUCAUUCAGUCCAUUGACGAAUAUGACGGCCUCAAUACUGUCAUGAACGUUCUAUUGCAGCUUCUCAAACACGAGGAUCACCGUCGCCGAGCAGCUACUGCACACCACAUGGGUAACUUCUUCGCGGCUGCCAGCGUUGAUUAUUCACGAUACAACCAGGAUAUCAUCCGUUCCCUCCUCAAUUCGUUUGACGAUAGAGACACCGAUGUUGUCAAGGCUUCCUGGACAGCUCUCAGUGCCUUCACUAAGAAGCUUCGGAAGGAGGAGAUGGAGUCACUUGUUAUCUCAACACGUCAAACCCUCCAGCGCGUUGGUGUCGCAGGGGCGAACCUGCGCGGUUUCGAGCUACCAAAGGGCAUCAAUGCCAUUCUGCCCAUCUUCUUGCAGGGUCUCAUGAACGGUACCGCCGAUCAGCGAGUCCAGGCUGCUUUGGGUAUUUCCGAUAUCAUUGACAGGACAAGUGAGGCCUCUCUCAAGCCAUUCGUGACCCAGAUUACUGGUCCCCUGAUCCGAGUCGUUUCAGAGCGUGCUACUGAGGUCAAGUCGGCAAUUCUCCUGACCCUCAACAACCUACUGGACAAGAUGCCUGCCGCCUUGAAGCCUUUCCUUCCUCAGCUCCAGCGCACAUUCGCCAAAUCCCUUGCGGAUCCAUCCAGUGAGACAUUGAGAACACGAGCUGCCAAGGCGCUCGGAACCUUGAUCAAGUAUACACCGCGUAUUGAUCCCCUCAUUGCUGAACUUGUCACUGGAUCCAAGACAGCAGAUGCCGGCGUCAAAACUGCUAUGCUCAAGGCACUGUACGAGGUCAUCAGCAAAGCAGGUGCCAAUAUGGGCGAGGCCUCUCGAGCUUCUGUUUUGUCACUCAUCGAUAUGGACACAGACGAGAGAGAUGAGACAAUGACUAUCACUAACGCUAAGCUGCUGGGCGCACUCAUCAAGAACGUUCCUGAAGAAGCCGCUCUGGGCUUGUUGAAGAACCGUGUGGCCACUACACACUUUACACAUUCCUCUGUGCUCGCGUUGAACUCGGUUCUGGCCGAGUCCCCGGAUGCUCUGCUUCAAAGCUCCUUGGCCGACUUGCCCGACCUGCUGUGCCAGGGUAUCACCAACAAGAAUGUCUUUGUCGCCGAUAACUGCAUUCUUGCUACUGGAAAGUAUCUGCUCUCGGAUUCCGCUAAGACCUUUGAGACAACAAAGGGUAUUUUUGAGGCUCUGGCUUCCGUUAUUCAGCCUGGCAAUGCAACCGACUCCCGUCGACUUGCCCUUGUCGUGGUUCGUACUGUCAGCCGGAAAGACAUGGAAAUGGUCCGACCUCACGUUGCUCUGCUCGCACAACCCAUAUUUGCCAGCGUUCGAGACCCCGUUAUUCCUGUCAAACUUGCUGCAGAAGCGGCAUUUGUGGAGCUGUUCAAUGUGGCAGAUGAGGAGAGCCGCAUCUUUGAUAAGUUUAUGGCUGGUCCCGGUGCAGACCUUGCUCCUAACACCAAGAGAAGCAUGGGUGACUACUUCAAACGUGUUGCGAUGAGGCUUGGUUCCCAAGCCCGCGAGAGGCGCGAAGCCGAGGGUGGACAAGGAGGGCUCGGCUUAUCGAACGAUGAAGCAGAGGAUGAGAAGGAAAUCUGGAGUGUGGGCAAGGUCGAUGUGGGCAGCGAAGCAUUCUCGGUCAACCUGCGAACUCAGAAGCGCCUGGCCUCAUCGGUCAUCGGCUGUGGCAAGCGCAAGAUCUGGCUCGACCCCAACGAGCAGAGCGAGAUCUCCAACGCCAACUCUCGCCAGACCAUCCGAAAGCUCAUCUCCGAUGGCCUCAUCAUCCGAAAGCCCGUCACCCAGCACUCUCGAUCGCGCGCCCGCGAGCUGAACCUCGCCCGACGAGAGGGCCGACACCGUGGUUACGGUAAGCGUAAGGGUACCGCCGAUGCCCGUAUGCCCAGCCAGGUCCUCUGGAUGCGCCGCCUCCGAGUCCUCCGCCGUCUUUUGGUCAAGUACCGUGCCAGCGGAAAGAUCGACAAGCACCUCUACCACGAGCUGUACCACAGCAGCAAGGGUAACGCCUUCAAGCACAAGCGUGCCCUCGUUGAGCACAUUCACCGUGCCAAGGCUGAGAAGGCCCGCGAGACUGCCCUUCAGGAGGAGAUGGAUGCCAAGCGUGCGAAGAACAAGGCUGCCCGCGAGCGCAAGCAGGAGCGUGCGGCGGCGAAGCGAAAUGCUCUCCUUGCCGAGGAGUAA